AAAAAAACCACCAAACACCAACAACCGAUUUCCAUGCUGAGUGUUUAAUUUAAUAAUCAGAUUCUGUGAGCUUUUUUUGGACUUUCUGAUCAUCAUUCCUUUUUAACCAUGGGCAUCCUCAAACCUUGAAUCUCCCACUCUUCAGAGCAGCGUGCAGCAGGAUCCCUGGAUGGUUUAUUCCCGUUUUCAGUGUUCCUGUCCAAAGAUCUCCUCCAUGUUUGACGCUCAUGAGACUCUCCUCUGAUGUGAUGGGUGACCCUUGGCACACACCGAACUUCCAUUUUUUGGGAAUUAUUUGUCCCUCAGCCCUGUGCUGUGUGCUGGAUAACCUUUGGAGCUCGGGAUCCCUCGUGGAUACACAAAUGAACGAAGCUCACGUCUAUCGUUGAUUUGAAGUAGCUGGGACAGACCUGACUCCUCUCCGUGGGGAGCUCCUGUGGGAAGUUCAGUCCCGUGUUUCACUCGGCCACCUCAGCUCCUCCUCUUUACCAAAACCAUGGGGUUUUCUUAGAAAUUCAGUCUUGCUUGGGACUGAGGUUGAUUAGGAACUUCCUCCACUUUCUCCCUGGUGCGUUUUCUGGGGUUUUUCCCCCCGUUCCCGGUGCGUGACAAUGGUUAAUUGCGCGGCCCUGAACUGCCGGAACGCCACCAGCGGCGCCUACAAGAACAGCUCGGUCAGUUUUUAUGGAUUCCCCCUACAAAACAAACCCCUCCUGUGGCGGUGGAUCCAAAACAUGGGCCGGGACAUGGACACCCCCUCCAGAUACCAGUGCGUGUGCUCGGAGCAUUUCGAGGAGAGCUCCUUCGAGACGGAUCCUCUGAAAACCCGCAAGAGACGGCGCCUGCUGAAGGAAGCCGUUCCCAACAAAUUCAUCCUGGGGAAGGAUGGCACCUGGCUCGUGGGGACCCCCCAGGGUUUGGAAAACAUGAUGAGCAGCAAAACCCGAAAACGGAUCCGGAAUUCCCAGCCCUGUGGGGUCCCCGGGAUGUUUCCUGUGUGGCCACGCCUGCAGGAUUGGCAGAAUGAAUUUUAUAAGCAAUUGCUGAAGGAGAAAUAUGGGUCUUUGAUCACACUGGGGAAAGACUGUCCUAUUGGCAAAAGCCAUAUCCCAGCAGGAGGAGCAGCACGGGUCAAGGAUCCUCAGGAUUUGGAGGGAAGGAAAAUUCCUGCCAGCCUCAGCACAGGCCGUGGUGGCGCAGGAGGCGCGCAGCCGCACGGAUCCUCCCCGGGAGCAUCCCGAGCCCUGCGCUGCCGCAGCUCGGACCGGGCGGGGACAUCGGGGAGCGGCCACAAUCCGGCGGCAAAUCCCACGGGAAUCAGGAAGGGUAACAGCGUCCUGGCGGGGCAGGAGCUGGAUGAGUUCAGGAGGUUCCUGCUGUACCACCAGGGCCAGCCCGAGGACGUGACGGCGCCGUGGUUCAUCUGCGCCGAGUGCGGGAGGAGCUUUGCCCGCCACGCGUACCUGCUGCGGCACCAGCGCAGCCACGCCGGGCAGCGAGCCGUGCCCAGGAGAAACCCGCCCUCCACAGCCACCUCCGGAGGCAUUUCCGCGUCAUCCACCCGCCACAAGCCCGCCUGGGGUACAGCUUCGCAGCCAGACGUCAAAAAUCCUGCCCUGACCAGAGGCGGGGUUUGUAGUCCCGCACGGAAUAAAGUGGAGUUUGGGGGUAAGGCAGUUUUCCCGAUUGGAAAGCAAAUGGGUGGGAGAUCCCGAGGCAGAGCUACAAUUGAAUAGGAAGAUUAAAAUAAAAUACAGUAGUUAAAAAAAUAAAAAAUAAAACAAAAUUACUGUCAGAGUCAAAAUACAACCCUGUUGGUCAGGGUGUUGGCAGCAGUCCAGUUAAGUGGUGGCUGCAGUUGUCCUGCAGUGACAGAUGUGGUUCUGUUGGAGCAAUGAUCCUGCAGCAGGGUGCAGUUUUCCUCUGAAGGUCCAGUGGUGGUGAAAUGAGUCCAGAGUUCCUCUGGCACUCCAGUGCACACAGGCUGUGCUGCUGUUCCCAAUCCCAGGUUUGAUCCAGGUGGGAAUGCCGGGCUCCUUCCCUGGGUGGAGCAUCUCCCAAUGGGAUGAUGGAAUUGUAUCGGCCAUGCAGUGAGCCCGGAUGGCCCAGGAACAGCAGAGAUCCCCUGGAGGGAGGAUGGGUCCUGGAAGGGAUAAAGAAAACACUGCCCCAGCUGGUUUAGCACCUGGUGAUAGAAUACAAACUUGGUUACAUCUUGCAUUGCAACCCAAGAUAUGAAUCGAGUUCUGAUUCCGUUUGCUGCUGGCAUAAUGGUCACUGAUUCGGACCUGGAUAAUUCCUGUUGUUCUUGCCAUGCUCCAUCCAGCUCCUCCUUGGAGCAGGAGUUGGAUAGAGCAGCAUUGGCUGUACCAAAAGGGGCAUUAAAAAAACCUGGUACACCAAACAUCACGUGCUGGAGAGCAUCCAGAGCAGCACAGAGAAACACUGGGAGUUUUCAGGGAUGAAAAAUAAAGAAUUGGGAGUGGGAUUGUUUGGAAAAGCUGAUGUUUGAAGCAGCUGAUUCCGGGCAUUAUCUCCUCACUCUAGCUGCUCUCCCAUUAUUGUACCUGCAGAACUAACUCUUAUUUUUGGGUUCUAUUUUUAUACUGACCCCCCGUUUUCCUGUGGAGUGAGAUGCUGCUUUGGUUUCUGAAAUU